AUGAGUCAAGACCUUCAAACUAACGACGCUGCAGCGAGCAGAGAAUCUUUACAGUCCGAACAUCAUCAUAAAUAUCACUCGGAAGCAGGACAGGGGAACAAUCUAGGUGAUGAAGUUGCACAUGUUGCGAAGCAAUUAUCUUUAUCUUCGGCCUCGGAAGAAGGGCACCUGCACUUAUUACAACCAACGCCUGGGGGUAACCUCGACCCUUCAUCUCCCGCAUUUGAUGCCCGCUUUUGGGUCAAGGAGUUCAACAAAUUUCUAGAAUCGGAUCCUGACGCUGCACCUCCUCGAUCCCUUGGCGUUGCCUUCAAACAACUGGGUGUGUUUGCAUAUGGGACUGCCGCUGAGCUUCAGAAGACCACAGCAAGUGUCGUGAUUGAAGCCGCGACCUACCUAACACGAUGGCUCGGGGAAAUAGACAGGGCCCACGCGUGGAUAUUCUACGCGACUUUGAGGGGGUCGUUGAGAAGGGGGAGAUGUUGCUUGUUCUAG